CAGGUCCUUCACCUCCCCCAUCAGGUCCUGGUCGGGCAGUCAGUGCUGUUGUGUGGAGAUUUCUGCUCCUCAGUGUAUAAUAAGCUCAUCCGGCUGUCUCAUAGGCCAGAUGAAGCACUAACCUGUGCGAAACGGCUACCAUUGCCUGCUGUACCCCCCGUACUUUAUCCCUCUCCUGUAACGUCCGAUCUGAUCCAGUUGUCUCCUCUUCUGAAUUACCCCCCCAAGGAUGGAGAAGGACAGGAAUGAGAUGACUAAGAGAAUAUUACACUUCACCUUGGAGAUCCUCCACCUGCUGACCGGAGAGGAUUACCCCAUAGUGAAGAAGACAUGGGGGGAGUGCGUGGCCCCCAGCAGCCAUCUCCAUGAGUCAGGAGGACGGAACAGGGCCGGGGACCCCAUCACGGAGCCUCCACCUCUCUCACCGAUACAUGAGGAGAAGAUCCUAGAACUCGCCCACAGGAUCACUGACCUGCUGACUGGAGAGGUUCCUAUAAGGUGUCAGGAUGUGGCGGUCUAUUUCUCCAUGGAGGAGUGGGAGUAUGUAGAAGGACACAAGGAUCUGUACCAGGACAUAGUCAUGAUGGAGGAUCACCGGCCCCUCACAUCACAAGAUGUAGUCAUUGAUAGAAAUCCACUCGAGAGGUGUCCCCGCCCUCUGUAUUCCCAGGACUGUCCAGAGGGAAAUGUCCCAGAGAAGCAUCAGGGGGGAGAUCUGACUAAUAAUAAAGUGGAGGAUGAAGAAGAGAGGAGUAGGGGCCAUCACCCGUGUAUGAGGGAAGGGAAGGAGGAAAUUCCAGGAGGUGUUACCCCAGAAAAUCCCUGUAAGAACCUUGAGGAGAACUUAAUGUUAUCGCUGAAUUAUAAAAGAGAAGAUGAAGGUAUGAUGGAGCGCUCCUCAGCCCUUACCCCUAAUGUCCAUCCAGAUCUAUCCUGUAAUAAUCCACCUGAUCAUGAGGAACCUUCUCCUGACCACCACACAUUGUUACCAAAAGGAGAGGUCAGAAAGGGAGAAAAAGAAUUCAGUGUGAUGAAUGUGGAAAAGAGUUUACGAGAAAAUUUAGUCUUUAUGUACACAGAAGAGUUCACACGGGGGAAAAGCCGUAUCCAUGUUCGGAAUGUGGGAAAUGUUUCACAAAUAAAUCGGAUCUGGCUAAACAUCAAAAAAUUCACACAGGGGAAAAACCAUAUUCAUGCUCAGAAUGUGCCAAAUGUUUUAUAACUAAAGCCGAUAUGGUUAAACAUAAAAGAAGUCACACAGGAGAGAAGCCGUAUACGUGUUUAGAAUGUGGGAAAUGUUUUACAAAUCAAUCAAAUCUCGUUGCACACGGGAGAACUCACACAGGAGAGAAGCCGUAUUCGUGUUCAGAAUGUAAGAAGGGUUUUUCCAGGCGCGACCGAUUUGGUUCAUCAUGAGAGAAUUCAUACAGGGGUGAAGCCAUAUUCAUGUUCGGAAUGCGAGAGAUCUUUUAUUGCCAAAGCCAAGCUUAAGAUUCAUCAGAGGAGUCACAUAGGAGAGAAGCGGUAUUCAUGUUCGGAAUGUGGGAAAUGUUACACAAGGAAAUCGGAACUGGUUAAACAUGACAGAAUUCACACAAGAGAGAAGCAAUGGUAGUUUUUCUGAAUGUGGAAAAUGUUUUAGAUUCGUCUGAAUAGAUUUGUCUAUUACUUCUGUAUAAAAAUCUUAAUCUUUCCAGUACUUAUGAGCUGCUGUAUAAAAUCAGGAUGCAUAAAAUUGCUCUAUUCUGCCCCAUAGAUUUUUUUUUACUUUUCUGUCUAUAGGGGCAGUAUGAGGGCUAAUUUUUUGAGCCUUGAUAUGUUGUUUUUAAUCAUUUUGGAUUAGAUGGAACUUUUUUAUUUAUUUAUUUUCCCCUAAUAUAUGAUGUGACAAAAAAU